GUAGAGCAGGCCGGCAAGGGCGAGUCUCCCCGGUGGGAACAGGAAAUGUGCCACUGAGCCUCUCCGAAGGAGUCACCUCGGUUCACGUCCCGUCCCGGGGCCUCCCUAAGGAGCGGCUGCGGUGGCCGAACCCGCCCCUCUCCCAGCCUCCACCGCGGCUGCCCCCCUUCCUCCUCCUUCCUUUCCCGAACCCUAUCCCCAAGCAAGGCGGAGCUGCCGCUUCGGUUGUUGGUCCUGCCGUCGCCGCCGCCACCCCCACUCCGCCCGUCUCUCCGGCGCCGAAAGCGAGGCAGCGUCCAGCGCCCCACUGUUUCUGCUGAGAGAGGGAGGCUAAAAGGGGUGGUGUGUCGGUGCUGGCCGUCGGCGCGGACUCCAGCAGCAGCCGCCAAAGCCGCGGGGGGACUGACGAGAAAAACCACAAAGGAGCGCCGGCGGCGGAGCUGUGCGCUGCCAGCGGAGUCGCCAUGAGCUGGGGCACGGAGCUGUGGGAUCAAUUUGAUAAUGUAGACAAGCACACACAGUGGGGCAUUGACUUCCUGGAAAAAUAUGCAAAAUUUGUUAAAGAAAGGAUAGAAAUUGAACAGAAUUAUGCAAAGCAACUGAGAAAUCUGGUGAAGAAGUACUGUCCUAAACGUUCAUCCAAAGAUGAAGAGCCCAGGUUUACCUCAUGUAUAGCCUUUUAUAAUAUCCUUAAUGAGUUAAAUGACUACGCAGGACAGCGAGAAGUAGUGGCAGAAGAACUGGGACAUCGGGUGUAUGGAGAACUCAUGAGAUAUUCCCACGAUCUCAAAACAGAAAGAAAAAUGCACCUUCAGGAGGGUCGAAAAGCUCAGCAGUAUCUUGACAUGUGUUGGAAGCAGAUGGAUAAUAGUAAAAAGAAGUUUGAGAGGGAAUGCAGAGAAGCAGAAAAGGCACAACAGUGUUAUGAGAGACUGGACAAUGAUACUAAUGCCACUAAAGCAGAUGUUGAGAAGGCAAAGCAGCAAUUAAACCUUCGUACACACAUGGCUGAUGAGAACAAAAAUGAAUACGCUGCACAACUGCAAAAUUUCAAUGGCGAACAGCACAAGCAUUUCUACAUUGUCAUUCCUCAAAUUUAUAAGCAUCUUCAGGAAAUGGAUGAACGAAGAACAAUCAAACUUAGUGAAUGUUAUAAAGGGUUUGCAGAUUCUGAGCGCAAAGUUAUUCCAAUAAUCUCAAAAUGUUUAGAAGGAAUGAUUGCUGCAGCAAAAUCAGUUGAUGAACGCAGGGACUCUCAGAUAGUAAUAGACUCCUUCAAGUCUGGUUUUGAACCUCCUGGAGACUUUCCAUUUGAAGAUUACAGUCAGCAUAUUUACAGGACUGUUUCUGAUGGAACAAUCAGUACACCAAAGCAAGAAGGAAUGAAAAUCGAUGCAAAAACCACUGUGGGCAAGGCUAAGGGCAAACUGUGGCUUUUUGGAAAGAAACCAAAGCCACAGUCCCCACCCCUUACCCCUACUAGUUUAUACACGUCCAAUACUUCUAAUGGUUCCCAGUAUCCCAUAUUCUCGAUUGAACAAGUCCAUUAUUGCAUGAGUGAGAUAAAAACAGGGAAGGCCAGAAUUUCUUCUUUCAGAAGCCUCAAAAGAGGGUGGUCGGUGAAGACGGGUCCUGCACAAGAAGAUUUCAGCCACCUGCCUCCAGAACAAAGGCGGAAGAAACUCCAGCAACGAAUUGAUGAGCUUAACAGAGAACUACAGAAGGAGACAGAUCAAAAAGAUGCGCUCAUCAAAAUGAAAGAUGUAUAUGAGAAAAAUCCACAAAUGGGUGACCCAAGCAGCCUUCAGCCAAAAUUGGCUGAGACUAUGAGUAAUAUCGAUCGUCUCCGAAUGGAAAUUCACAAGAAUGAGGCCUGGCUUACUGAAGUUGAAGGUAAAGUAGCAGCAAGAGGAGACCGUAGACACAGCAGUGACAUCAACCACCUGGUAACCCAAGGAAGAGAGAGCCCUGAAGGGAGCUACACAGAUGAUGCAAACCAAGAAGUUCGAAGCCCACCACAGCAGCAUGGCCCCCAUAAUGAAUUUGAUGAUGAGUUUGAAGAUGAUGAUCCCUUACCAGCUAUAGGACACUGCAAAGCUAUCUAUCCUUUUGAUGGUCACAAUGAAGGUACUCUGGCAAUGAAAGAAGGGGAGAUUCUGUACAUAAUAGAGGAAGAUAAAGGGGAUGGAUGGACAAGAGCUCGGAGGCAGAAUGGAGAAGAAGGAUAUGUGCCAACUUCCUACAUAGAUGUAACUCUAGAGAAAAACAGUAAAGGUGCAGUAACCUAUAUCUAACCUCCAGCCCAUCAGCUUACCAGUGAACAUUCUUUAAUGAAUGCUGAAGCAUGCAAUUGGAUGAAAAGUGUCAGAACAUUUAGGAGACCUUUCAAUCUAUUGUUCACCAUGUGAGCCCAUCCUGAGAUGUCAGUACUGAAACGGGAAGAACGCCCACGUUUCAAUGAGUUCGUUGCACAGCUUUGGCCAGUGCCAUGUCUGUCUUACUAUUUCUGCCUCUAUCUGCUUGAAGGCUUUUAAGUGUUCUCUUAUAAUCAAUGGUCAAGCUACAAUAUUUUAUUAGUUUUCUUAAUUUUUUUUUUGGUAAAAGCUUAAAGAAAAUUUUAGAUGGAUCAAUUCUUUUUUUGUUUGUUUGUUUCAUCAUAUCAGUGUAUACAGGUCUGUUAGCCAAGCACCCAUCCCUUUCCCCGAACAGGAGCCUGUUGCCAACAUCCAACUAAAAACUAAGCUCAGUUAAUGAAAUGAAAAUGGCCCUGCUCCAGAGGAAAAUGGGCAAGCAAAUCUGCUUUUACUUUUCUUCUACAUGUUCUACUGCCCUUUUCUGCAUUGUGUGUAUUCUUAAAAAGCAGCUUACGAUUCAGUGCAAUGGGAUGCAGUACAGAAAAGAAACUUUUUCUGCUGCCAGUACCGUGGCCUAUAUGUAAGAGAUUGCUGCUAAUGUUUACAAACAUGCUUGUUCUGUACAUAUUCUUGCAGUUUUUUCUUUGAGAAUCAGAGCUACAUUGUCCUGUUCACAAAUGAUGAAUGUAGAAGGUAAUUGGGAAAGUGCAUAGCUUGUUAAUGGGGAUUCAGCAGACAUACAACAUGGUGAUCCAACCCUUUUUGCUCUCUUUCUGCUUGUUAAGAACUCUAAAUACUUAGGUGGUGUUGAAAUGAUUUUUUUCCUGAUUGGGACUCUUGUCAAGGUUAUUCUGUUGGUAAAAGGUAACUGAUGAGCUGCAGCCUUUCUCUUGCGCCAACACUCUUGAAAAAUAUCUCCUGGGAAAUACCUGUUAAAGAAGUACAAGCAAAGCUGCAUCCCAAUUCCACGUGCACAACAGUCUCCCGUUAGCGUGGGCCACUCCACUCAUUCCAAUAGAAGGAGCAUAUUUGCAUACAAGAAGGAAGGAGGAUGCAGAUGAGCUCCCUUUGUUAAAAUGCGUGGAUAAGCCAUUGUGAACAGGCACAUCUUUGUGCACACGCUGAAGCUCCCAUGCUUGGAACAGAUCACUGGGCUGGGAUGAUAGUCUGUGGGAUAAUGCACAUAUAAGUAGAAUUUUCUAAGUGCUGUUACCUUUGCAUUUUCACUUGGACAAGGGGAAGAACCUGGACACCCAAUUGCACUAAUUUGAUUCUGAAUGAACUGCUGUCUGGAAAAUAUGAAGUGGUGAAUGCUUGAAAAGGCUCUGUGCCGCAUAGGCAGAUUUAUUUUCUAGCCAUUUGAGAUGGAUUUUUUUUUAAAUGAGCGCACUUCUCUCUUUUAAGGCCUCUGGUAAUUCUGUUCUUCUCUUUUUUCCUCUUGGACUGCAGGUUCCUGAAGCGGGUUUCAGAGAAAAUGGGCGAGAUGUUGAAGGAGGUUACAUGCAGCUGCUUGAGGGGGGGAGGGGGUUAGGCCCAGCAAGAUGGGGAAAAACCAGUUGCAUGAAGGCAUGCAGGCAUACAUUUCUCACUAACAAUGUUAGCAUUCCUAUGUGUAUUCAAAAUUGUUGUGGUAAACUAAAACUCCAUUCCAACAGAACCAAACCACCCAAUCUGAAAACAAACGCUUUUCAUGGUCCUGAAAAAUCCUCCUUGCUGUUCACCAGAUGCAUUGUAUAUUUAAUUGGCUGUUUCAGCUGCCUCAUUUUCCAUGCCCAUUUUAAACUGGCAUUGAAUGAAAAUCAUGUCAUUGACAGUCUCUGCCUGUGCCACCUCCAUGCUCGCCCUAACCUUCUCCUGCAUGUCUAGAUAUGUAUAAGGCAUGCCUGCCUAAUGUUUUGUAUUUUCAUAACUCUUCCUCCUCAUCUGCAUUUGUAGCAAAACCACUUUACUAUAGUUUCAUAUCUCCAGCACUAAAGUUUAUUAUUUCAGUUCCCUUUUAUGCUGCUAUUCCUUCUUCCUCCCCUUUUUUUUUGCCCUCAUCACGACCAUCAUUACAUUCCAGUUCUUUGGCGUUAUAAACAAUGUGAACUUAACAUUCAUUUUGAUUUUGGGAAUGGAAUAUAUAUCAGCACUAGAAAACUGCAGCCCAUUUUCAGCACCUCACUAACGUCUUAUGAGCACUGAAAACCUGAGAUAACAGCACAGAUUUUCCACUACAAGACAAACGACUGUUUUCAGAAGUCAAGUGCUUGCCAUUCAGAUGCUGCCUUAAACUCUUGAGUGCCUAAAUCUGUUGAUUUGCCAACAUUACCACUUCAGUAUCCCACAAAGGGCUUUGCAUCUCAACUCCGUUUGACCUCCUGAAUCUUUCUACAAUACUGCAGCUGCUGGUAGCCGUGGUAGAUGCUUUCUAGAGCUCUAUCAUAUGAUACAUGGUGCAUUGUAAACUUUAUGUGUUGAAAGCAAAAGAUGUAUCAGUUUAAUUUUAUGUCUAAUGAAUGUUUUUAAUAGGAUUUUUAUGGAGCCUUUUUUCCCUUGAUUGUCUCUAUUUCUUGAGGUGGGGGGGGGGAAGACUCCAGUUUCUAAUUAACUGCAGUGCUAGUCUGUUUCCAAGUGAUGCUUCAUUGUAAGAACCAUUUGAAAGUUGGAGUGAUACUCUGUAAUGAUCUAUGUGCACUUUUACUUGUAAACAUUGAGAUUUGGAAAUGUUUAUACAUGUAAAUAUAGUUGUCUACAGCACCCCAUAUUGCUCAUGUUUUGUCUGCCGCUCGUGAAUUCUGUUAAUGAAAUCAUCCUACAUCUAAACUAAAUAGGGUAAUCUUAGAAUAUGGGACAUAGGAAGGAGGGAGAAACCAUUUACAUUAAAUUCAUAAAUCCAGUUUUUUGCUGUUUGUGGUAAUAUUAAAAGAACACCUGAUUCUAUACAGGUAGGUGGGUGGGUUGAAGCAAUAUUUGGACACAGCAGUGCUGGAUUUCUUUAGAACUUUUUCAGUGUUAUUAGGAAUUGUACUACCAGUAAAACUAAAUCUAUGUGACUGUGUGGAAGUUUUCUUCCUUUUAUUAUUAAGUGUGCCACUAUUGCACAGAUGACAUAGCGUAUUUACAUUGGGGGUGGUUUAAACACUAAAGGUUAGACUUUUUGGAUAUUGUAAAACAGGGUUAUUUAUAUAAUGUGACCUUACUCAUUACUGACAAGACUACAUGGUAUAGGGUUUUGGUUUUUUUAAGACCAACCUAGUGGGUUUUUUAAUUAUUAUAAUUAUUUCUUCAAAGUUAAAUAUAAUGAGAAAAUGUUCUCAAUACUACUUUCAGCCAGGAGCCCUGUAGAUUUUACCUAACAACCUCAUGGGCUUCUUGUAAAGGACACUCCUGGUAAAUACUUGUAGUAAAGGACAAACCGUUCUUUCAUGUUACUGUUUUUUCUAGGAACAGGAUUUGCUUCCUCAGGAGAUUUUCUUUCUGUGGUAUAAUGCAACCUUCAUGAGGGUUAUUAAAUUUAAGGGGAGGAAAUAAUCUUUGUACUUGCAGAGUUAGCAGAAAUCUGAAAUUUUGAACACGACGAAUUGUCUGAGUCUUACAACUUUCCAGUCAUUUUUAAUCUUGUGCACGUGUUGAUUUUUAAAUGUUUAGAUGCUUUGUUAAAAAAAAUAGUGGUUCUCUUGAGAAUAUUUUCAUGGAAUUAAAAACAACCUUUUCAUG